ACGUCGGUCCGUCGACGGGCGAGGCGGCGUGCUGACGUUCGCGGUGGGCGGGGCAGCGCCGCCGACGCCCAAGUUGUCACGGCGAGAGGUGGAGAGAAGCGAGGGAAUGAGCAUCAUGUACCUGGGCUACAGGUUUUGGAAGCGCUGGAAUAUUCCUUCUGUUCUCGUAAGGUCAUGUACCUCACUGUCUGCGAGUUUACACCCUGGGGGAUGUUCCCCAGAUUUGACUGAAGGGCACUCCAAGCAAUUAAUGAAUGAUGUUCGGUCGAAGCUACAGGAAAUCGUUGGUGCAUCUAAAAACUGGAGUGACCAUCUCCAAUCUAUGAAGGAAAGAGCUUCAUUAAGCAAUGAACUAGUCAGCAAGCAGGAGCAUUUGCCUCAUCGACGAAUGAAAGACAGUUACCUGGAGGCUUAUCUGCCAUUGGGAAGCCAACCCAACCUGAGGGAGAAAUACCUGAAUGUUCAUAAGCAUGUAAGAUUUGGCAGGAUUCUUGAAGACCUUGACUCAUUUGGAGUUUUGAUUAGCUAUACCCAUGCCAAAACUGAUAAUCCUAGAAGUCCUUUUUCUAUUGUCACUGCCCUUGUUGAUGAAAUAGACCUCGUCAAAAAGAUGAUACGGCCAGACUGUGACCUAAAGUUCACUGGUAAUGUCACCUGGGUUGGGAAAAGUUCCAUGGAAGUCCAGAUGCAUGUAUCUCAGUAUCAUGAUGAUGUCUACAAUCCUGUCUUAGAUGCUACUUUUGUGAUGGUUGCCCGAGAUCCUGCAAAUAAAAGUGCCGCUGUAAUUAAUCCAUUGAAACCUGAUGGUCCGGAGGAGGAGAAUCUCUUUCAACAAGGAAACUUGAACAAAGCAAAGCGAACUAAGCUAAAGGAGACCUCAUUAUUGAAAACAGCGCCGAAUGAGGAAGAAAGAAACAUUAUACACAACAUGUUUCUUGGGACUCUGGAUAUGCAGACUGUAAGCUUCCGCAGUCGGAUAUUACCAGCGAAUUCAGUGUGGAUGGACCAAACAAAGCUUAAAAGUCUAGAGAUAUGUCAUCCAGAGGAACGUAAUAUUUUCAACAAAAUCUUUGGCGGGUUUCUGAUGAGGAAAGCUUUUGAGUUGGCCUGGGCAAAUGCUUGUGUCUAUGGAAAUUCGCGACCUCAUGCAAUCGCUGUCGAUGAUAUCUUGUUUCAGAAACCAGUUGAGAUUGGCUCCCUUCUGUACCUUUCAUCACAGGUUUGUUACACUGAAGAUAAGUACAUCCAGGUCAGAGUGCACAGUGAAGUUUUAGACCCACUCACAAAAGAGCACAGCACCACCAAUAUUUUCCAUUUCACCUUCGGUUGUGAGACGGAGGUGAAGCAAGUCAUCCCCAAGACCUACGGAGAGUCCAUGCUUUACUUGGAUGGAAAACGACACUUCAAAGCACGAAUCAUCAAAAACUGAAGGUCUGGCAAACCAGCCUCUGUCCAGAUAGACAGUCUGAAUAUCAGUAAUAGAGUAAUAUUAACCUGAAAUGCAGGAUUAAAAAUACCUGCAAUUGUUCUUGCAUAUUAGGUCUUUUGUUUUAAAAACUGCUUUUAUACUUUUGUAACCAUAUUUAAAUAUCUUGCAAUUGCCUCACUAGUCUUAAUAGCACAACAUUGCUAAAAAGGUUUGCUAUAUACAAUACAGGAGAAACAUGUAUUUAACUGCAUAGCUGAAUGACAAAUUGCCAUUAUAGUGCCACUGAAGGGUAGAACUGACCAUUGGUGAACAAGUGCACAAGGACUAGUGAGAGAUUCCUUUUUUUAUUUUAACACAGGAAUUGCCCAGCAGACAGAGGACCACAGUGAAAACACAUGCACCAUUAUCAGCUACAGUAAUGCUUCAGGUCCUUUUAGUUACAUAACUCUGUUUAUUCAUCCAGUUUGCAAUUGGCUGAAAGAGAAGCUUUCCCACGUGGUAUCUCUACUGGGUAGAAGGGAAACCACGUCAGUGUACUAUUUACUUACAUGAAAUACCUGUUAAAUGUGCAUGGGCAAAAUGUCAAGUUGUUGCUUUUCUAAUUUCAAAAUCAAGGCAUGUACCAAAAAUAUAUUUGUUACAAGUACUUUGCUUUCUGUUUACUCAAAGUGCAUAGAAAGUGAAGUGUGUUUGUAGGGGUUUCUUUGCUCUUUUAUAUAUACACGUCUGAAAAUAUUUGCACUAUAUAUUAUAUUUGCUAGUGGUAAGGGAAAGGGAGGUGCCCUACACAGGUUUAUAUCUAAUCAUAUUUAUAUGCUGUGAGAGGAACCUUUUUUAAAAAAUGAAUGAGUCAUCUCCAGUGUCAGUAAUGCUGAAUGGGAUAUUCAAGGUUAUGUCUUCACAAUCUGAAAGAACUGCCUAUAAUGCCUACAGUAAGUUCAGUCUUAAUGAAAAGUAUCAAAAUGUUGUGUUGUAGAUUGUGACAUUCAGCUAAGGAGGAUCACUGUAAACUUGGGGUGGAUAACUUAGGCACAUGUUCAUUUUAAUAGCACAGAUACAUGCAGUGAAAGGUUUUAGUUUGCCUAAUUGCCUUACAGUCGGACUUUUUGUCCUGAAUGAUUUAGUGUAAGCUGUCAUUGUUCUGUGAGUUUUCACAAAUCAUCUUCCUGAAUAGCUGAGUGGAUAUUAAUCUGAAAAAGAAGGUUGGACUGUCUUUUCAUUUCUGGAAAUCUGGAUUGGAAUUUAAUUGGUUGGAUUUUGAAAAAAAGGUCUGCUACUAAAAAGGUUUGGGCCCUAUUCCCAAACUGAGAUGUUUGGAGUUGGUACAAAAUGCUCUUCAAGGUCAGGAUCUAAUGCAGAGAGCAAUGAAGGAAAAGCCUCUAGAAAAGAACAUUACCUUAGAGCCCUCGACAGGAUUUUUUAAAUAUCUUGUUCUGUGAACAGGAGAGUAAGUGCAAAUUAUUCUGUUGUAUUUUCACAGUUCUACAUGCCAUAUUAAAACACAAAAACAUGACUGUGAUUAAUGUAUGUUUUAUCAGAGGCAUGUUUUAGUUUCCUUUCAUAUUAAAGAUGGAAAAACUGUAAUAGUUUCCGAAUAGUGCCAGUCAAUGAAUGAUGAUUUAUCAGUUGUGCAUGACAGUUGAAUGAAUAAAGGUGUUUUUUAAUCA